AUGAUCAUAGCUCUACUGGCUCUUGCCACCGCCUCGAUUGCUCUCGAGAGAGAGCGACUCCGCUUUAAAGACGGAGAGUCAGACUCGUCGAAUGAUCCAAAGAUGUCACGACACUCAGCGAGGUUCAUGUUGCUUUGCGAGACCGACCUGCUCGGCUCCGUCGUCGCCGCUUUCGGAUCUGCUUUCGUGGCAGCCUUUGUCGAGUUGAAGUCGCCAUCCGACUCGCCAGAGUAA